AUGUACCGGUACUUUCAGCAGACCAAACACGAUGGUGAGAAAUUGGCGGAGCUUUUGAACCGCCAUGGAAAUUUUGCCAAGGUGGAGGUAGCACUCAAGAAAUGGCAUGAAAGGCGUAUGAUUGACAACGCUUGGGAAUGGGCAGAGAAGCACCACAAGAAGCGCAAAAACCCAGUUCACCAAGAAGAAGAAAUUUGCUUUGUUUUGGAUGAUGAGUUCUUGUUCCGAAGCGGAGAAUGGUCAACGUAUGACUCAGAGUGGUUGUGCUAUCCAAGUUUGAAACAGAACACGUCACAUGCAGAGUUGCUGGGUGGCUUCGUGGAUGUAUGUGAAAGCGAUUCCGAUGAUCCCUCCGGUUUCUUGGUUGCCAAGUCUGUGUGGCGUGUGCUGAAAUGUGGAGGUUCCAGCGAUGACAGCGAUGAGGACAUUGCCGGAGAGCUUCUGCAAAGCGUAGAGGUAGGCUCGGUUCCUGCAUACCGGGCCACCAAGCUGGCUGGCAUGUUUUCCCGCAAGAUGAAGAAACACGGAUCUUUGGCUGCGAUCCCAACAGCAAAACCGCCAAACAGGUUGAAAAAUGGAGUCGAAGACCGUGAGCUGUCAAUGCUAGCCACGAGAAAGGGAGCCAACUUGGGUGGCAACAGUUGCCGUCGCUUGCAUGGCUUCGCUGGCAAAACUGGGAAACGACUUCCUGUUGAAGUGAAGUUUGUCAGGGCCCCCAUUCGGAAGAUUACCAAGGCAAAGGUUCAUGAAGUUGACUGCGAUUUCCCGACGCUGCCUUUGUCAUCUUGGAUGAGGGCUUCUUUCGACCUGGGCGGCCAUUUUUUUCUAGGAGGGAAGGACGUGGAACAUAUGAAUGAUUUCUCCCAAAUCCUGGUUGACUGGUGGAAGUCAUACAAACGACUUGACCCUGAUUUACCCUUUUUCCUGGACUUCGGGGAGGAGUUCUAUGGGACCAGCCUGCCAAUGGCACUUCAUGGAGAUGAAGGGAGGGGGAGAUACAAGCAGCCCAUCAUGAUUUUUUCGUUCCAGCCCCUCAUCACCAACUGCGAUGGAAAGUCCAAUUUGAAAGGGUCUGGUGUACGGCAAAAGUCCAAAAGGGUGACCUAUUGCACACGGCUCCUAUAUGCAGCUUUGCCUUCAGCCAUGUAUGCGAAGAACGACAAAACCAUAGAUACCCUCAUGGAUGCCCUGGUGAAAGAUUUCAAUGCCUUGUACAGGGAUGGGUUCACUGUGAACAUUGGUGGGAAGAUCCUGAACAUCAGGCCUGUCUACUGCGGGAUGAAAGGAGACUGGCCAUUCUUGCGAAAGAUCUGUAAACUCCAAAGCGGUUUCCAAGCACUUCGAAAGUGCCAUCUAUGUGAUUCCGUCGAAUGGUGGGACAUGUCUCGAUCGGGACGUUUGCGGAACUUGGCACCGGGUUACCACAACCCAUCCCCAUACAAGCGCAACAUGCAUAGCCCGGUCUUUGAUUUGGCUGGUGGAUCUUCACCUCACAGAAUCAGAACAGACCCGGUUCACACAUAUCACAUUGGCUACGGGAAAGAUGAACAUGCCAGUGUUGUCGUGCUGCUCGCCUACUUGGGACACUUUGGGGCCAGGGGUUCCAUGGACAAAAAGCUCGAAGAUGCCUUCGAACGGUUUGCGACGUGGUGCAAGAGCAACAGCAAGCACAC